AAAACUACAGCAGUGGCUGAAGCAGAGCAUCAUCCUCACACUGACUGAACCGGCAGAUGGAGCGGAGGGACAGCAAAGUUGAAUGCGAUGAAAGCUAGCCAUAAAGUCAGCCACAACAAGUGCACUCUGAACAGGUUAGACGUUUCAGCCAGGGUUGGAAAGGUUAAAGGGCAUCUGACAGUUAAUCUUACAUACAGCCACCCUGCUGUCUCCUAAUAGAUGUGUCUAAUAUGGAGCAUUGAACUUGGGACUGUGUGUAAGGUGGGAGUUACAUGGACCAGAGUGCUGGACUGCCUCUGCACAAACCCCACCAGCGGUGUGAAUGGAUAUGAUGAUGAUGUGCACUUGAGGUAGGCCUCCUUAUUUCCUGUUUUAAGAUGAGCCAAGGGCCAAACCUCGUCCUCCAGUGGCUGUCGAAGCUCCACCUGGCCCAGUAUGUGGAGUCAUUCAUUGACAAUGGGUAUGAUGAUCUGGAAGUUUGUAAACAGAUUGGGGAGCCAGACCUCGAUGCCAUAGGUGUCCACAUUGAGUACCACAGACACAGGCUGCUCACAGCAGUGCAAAAGCUAAAAGAUGAGGACAAAAGGAACGCACCCAGCGACUAUUUCACCUUAGAGCCUCUGGAUCCUUCUACUUGCAACCACUCUUCACACUCAAACAGAGAAGGUGACUUCAGGACUUUGGGGUCACACUCAAGGACCACAGGAAUACACCAGGCCUUCUGUCCUGGGAACCAUAACCCCAGAGUCACAAAUUGCGAUGACUUUGUGACUUAUCCCAAACUGAAGCUCAAGGUACUGAUAAGGGACAAACUUGCAAAAGAUGGAAUCAACCUGGGAGAAGCACCAUACACCUAUAAGGAUGGCUCAGUGGGGAACCUUGAUGACCUGGCUCGGGAGUAUUCUCAGUAUUACGGCACCUCCCUCAGUGACGUGUGUGAAAGGAUGGAGGAGCUUCGGAAACGAAAAGUAGUGCAAGAUGCAGAGAUGGGAAAGGUUGACUCAGUGGCCACAUCACUGCAGCUCCGCUCUCAGAUCCAGGAAUCCCUUGGACUCAGCAGUACCACCUCCACUCCAGAGACCGAGAGAAGGUUUCCUGUGCACAAAUCUAGCUCUGAUGAUGGAUCAGGAGGAAAAUGGGAUGGAAAGAGAAAGAGCAAGUCUUUUUGGAGUUUUCGAAAGUCACAGAAAGGAGUGGUGCGUCAGAUUUCAAAAGGUGAUGACGUUGGAUUUGUGGCCAGUGAAAUCACCAUGAGUGAUGAAGAGCGUAUCCAGCUGAUGAUGAUGGUGAAGGAGAAUAUGAUCUCUAUAGAGGAAGCCCUGGCACGGCUGAAGGAGUUUGAGACACAAAACAGACAGACGUGCAGGUCCGAUCCCGCAGAGUGGACCGAUCCCUCCAUUCCCACCACAAAUGAGUUGUUCAACUGCAACCCUUAUGACCUGUCAGACAAUGAACAAGAGGAAUCUGUGACAUUCAGGAGACUCCAUAAGCUGGUCAGCUCAACCCGGAAGGUGAAGAAGAAGCUGAUCAGAAUUGACGAGUCUAAGAGGCCUGGAGCAGAGGACAACCUAAACAUUGAUGAUCUUCCGUGUAGCGAUGCCAGCAACUCCCUGUACUCAGGUGUGCAGAAGAAGCCUGUUGUUUGCCCCAUUGACUCCCUGGCUUCAGCUCUGCGGGAACAGCUCACCUACGACAGGGACUCUGACAGCCUGACCACCUCCCCCUCCUCCAGCAGCCUGGACACCUGCAGCAGCCAAAAGAUCUUCCAGGCUUUUAGCAAGGCUAGUGGGAGCCCUAUUCAUCAGGAGACAAGUGUAGCAGGGGAGGUGAGGGAGGCAGCUGAAGGCAGUGGCUCUUCCUUUUCUGAAACUGAGGUUUGCAAUAAUGAGGAACCAAAAAUCGCUCGCUCAGUGACCGACGGAGAACUCCGUCACCGGAUCCUCAGCCCGCUCAGCCACCAUGGGAGAGCCUGUAGCUUUGGAGGAUUUGACCUGACCAACCGCUCAAUGCUCACGGUCAUCUCUGACAAUGAUAACACUAAUAAAGACGGAGAUGGUGUGAGAGAUCCCAUUAAGUCUCCACCAACAUCUCGUAUUUCCCUGGGCAAAAAAGUCAAGUCUGUGAGAGAAACUAUGAAAAAACACAUAUCCAAGAGAUACCACUGUUCUCUCUCUGAACAGUCAAGCCCAGACCGCAUGUCCAGCUGCCCUCACUCACCUCAGACAGACUCUGACUCUCUGGAGAAACCCAAACUGAAGCCAGGAGGGUCUGUGGAAAGCCUGAGGAGUUCCCUCAGCGGACAAAGUUCCAUGAGUGGUCAGACGGUAGGCACCACUGACUCCUCCAACAGCAACAGAGAAAGUGUGAAGUCGGAGGACGGGGAAGAGGAUGAGCUGCCUUACCGCGGACCAUUCUGUGGACGCGCUCUAGUUCAUACUGACUUCACCCCCAGUCCCUACGACACUGACUCCCUCAAACUCAAGAGUGGAGACGUCAUUGAUAUCAUUAGUAAGCCUCCGAUGGGUACAUGGAUGGGGAUGCUCAACGGUAAAGUCGGCACCUUCAAGUUCAUUUAUGUGGAUGUCCUGAAUGAAGAGGAGGUGAAGCCCAAAAAGACACGCAGGAGGAGGAAGGCCCGGCAACCCAAACCCACAUCAGUAGAGGAGUUCCUUGAUCGCAUCAACCUCAAAGAGCAUCUUCCCACCUUCCUUUUUAACGGCUAUGAGGAUCUGGACACAUUCAAGUUGCUAGAGGAGGAGGACCUGGAUGAGCUGAACAUCAGAGACCCCCAACACAGAGCUGUGCUGCUAACCGCUGUGGAGCUGCUGCAAGAGUAUGAUGGUGGGUCAGGAAGCAGCGAUCCAGAGCGAAGCAGUCAGUCUGGAGGCUCACAGGAGAAGCUGCUCCUGGACAGGCGUGGCCUCAUGGGAGACUCCCCGCGGGACUCCGGCUGCUACGAGAGUAACGAGAACCUGGAGAACGGAAGGGACAAAAAGACAUCUUCAUCCAUGAGCAGGUCCUCCUCUGGUUUUGAGUCAAGCCACCUCCCGUCCCCAGAGUACCCUGCUCUCCCCCAGAAAAUGACCUCCACCAGCUCUAGUAAGACUUCAUUCCAAAGUAAACCAACAUGCCUGCCCUGUAUCUUACCAUUAAUAAGACCCCCUAAGAACAGCUUAAGUCUCCUAAGCCCAGCAAAAGGUCAUCUUCCCGGCACAGCCAUUGCUAGGAGCCAGAGCUGCAUGGAGCUAAGAAGAAACCCAGCACCAGGGCUGCUGAUGCGGAGCUUCUCCCUGACUGUCCUCCACAAGGGGCAGAAGAGAAAACUCAUCAACCCUAAAAACUGGAAUCUGACCCGCAACGUCAAGACUGAGGAAAGCACACAGCACUCAGUAAAUCCUCAUAAACCUUGUGAGGUCUGGUCUCCGUCCUCCCAAUCUUCUACCACAUCAUAUAAUGCUGUGCACAGCACUUUCAACAUAGACACAACAAAUGUGUUUGCCUCUGAACAAGCAGAAACAACACAAAGCACACACCUCCAGCUGCCACCCACAGUCCCAGCAGAAAGGUCCAAUCAUCCUUUAACUAUAUCUUCCUUACCAAACCCACACCAAGAACCCUUAUUAACAGAGACUGCCUGCGUGUACAACUACACAAACCACAUCUCAGAGGAUAAGAGGAGUUGUUCAGUUUCAGCCAAUUCUGAAGCCCGCCGGCUGAAAAUGAAAAGAAAUAAGACGGCAUCCAUAAACUCAGUAACUCUGGGUUCCCUGAUAGAAGAAAGACUCUAGCUGCAGCACUAUACUCAAAAGUAUAGUGAACUGUCAUAGAUGUUAGUUGCUGCUGUUGAAUGAUGAGCAUCUUAAAACCUUUUUUUUUUUUCAGAAUCUUUGCAAUACUGAUCCCCCCCCCCCAAUAACCUGAAAAUGUAACCAUGAAUCUGUAGUGUGCCAUGAAAUUUGUUCAUCUGAGGUGAAAAUGCAAGCAGAUUACUGUAUCUGUGGUACAUUUUUCCACAAUAGCCAGAAUGUAUAAAAAAAAAUAGGUAUAAAUGCAGCAUUGUCACUUUUUAGUAGGUUCACGUGGAUUACACCAAACACAAAGUUCCCUACGGUUUCUUUCUAAUAAGUCUAGGAGAAUAAAUCCUCCCUCAGGAAAGGUACCUAAAGUUUAGUGUUAGGUUAGCAUUAUAAAAAUACCGUAUCUAUUUACACCUUACAGUGUCGUUGAUAUGGAAUACCCCAGUCUCUAUUUCAGAUGUUCUCCAUUCAGAAUCCGGUCUGUGGAGGAAACUGCAACUGACUCCAGCAGUUACACAAGCAGCAGUUUUUAAGUGUAUAUUAGUAUAUAUGAACUCUUCAUUACUGUCUUUUUGACAACAUGCCUUUUUCACAGAAGACAUUUAGACAUUUCACAAAAGGAAAAGCACAAGUGUAAAUAAUAAAAUUAUGAUGACAGUUUCAGGGUCCUGGUAUUGUGCAUGCUGGCUCACUGUCACACUGUCAUGGCUUACGACACGCUUAGGACUCGUGAAUAGAACAGAGCCAUAGUUAAUGUGCU